AACACCUCAUUUUGAGUUCUCAAAGUUCCCAACACGAAAGCAAAAUGAAGUUCCUGCUGGCCCUCACCUUGGCCGUACUAAUUGCCCACGUGGCGGUGGCUCAAACAACGAUCGAUCCGGAUUAUCAGUACGAAGAUAGCACUGGCGAUUAUGCUGACGAGGAUUAUUCCCAGGACGCGGUAGAUGACUCCAGCACCGACAACGCAGAGGACAGCGCAGACGGCAAUGAUGCUGGCGAUGACGAUUCGGAAGACACGGACACGGACACGGAAGCCGCCACUGCUGCCCCAACGCCAAAGCCAAGCCCAAAAAAGGCCAAGAAAAACGCUGCCGCCAAGAACAAAAAGAAGAACAACGUGCGCAGGGGCAACACCGUGGCAGCCAAGCGACGCGCCGCAGCGGCCAAGAAGCAGGCCGCUGCCAAAAAGCAGACACCUGUUGCAGCCAAGAAGCGGAUCAACGCCGUUGCCACAAAAAAUCGCAGGCGAUCUGGUUAAAUAUUCUAUAAAAUAAUAAUGCUAAUGAUGAAAUAAAGUUUUCUGGAUCUUGUGGGUCCAUAUAUGUACAUAAA